AUGUCCAGGAAAAGACGCCCUGUCCAGGGUGUCUUCCUCCAACAUCCUCCAUCGGGCCUCCUGACGCUAAAUCGUCACCGCCCACAACGCCAGGAUCAGCAGAACACGGCGAGGAGGGAGCCUGAGCUCCGCCCCAGAGAGCAGGCCACUGCUCCUCAGUCUAGUGAACCUAGUUCAAUCCCAACUGGUGUGACCAACCUCUCCAAGGGGGGUGGGCCUAGCCCACGCUCCAUCACCUGGGGAAGGGGGCCUGUCAUCCACAAAAACCCUCUGGUUGCUGAAAUGGUGGAGAAGUUCAGGAAGACCAGCAUCCACGCUACAGCUCCUGUACACUGUUAUGCUGAACCUGGAGAUGUGGCCUGCGACGUCUGCACCGGAAGAAAACUCAAAGCUGUCAGGUCCUGUCUGGAGUGUAUUGUUUCGUACUGUGACACUCAUAUAAACUCUCAUCAUCCAGGUAGAAAUCACACCAUGAUUGAUGCCACGGGCCAGCUACAGGAGAGGAUCUGCCCCCGUCAUAAUAAGAUUUUUGAAAUAUUUUGUCGCACCGACCAGAGUUGCAUCUGCUAUCUGUGUACAAUGGACGAUCAUAAAGGCCAUGACACGACCACGGCUUCGGCAGAAUGGAGUCAGAAACAGGGUGGAUUGGAACGGAGCCAGAGGAGAUGCCAGCAGAUAAUCCAGUUGAAGGAGAAGGAGCUGCAGGAGCUGAGGAAGGCUGUGGAGACUCUCAAGUCUGGUGCACAGACAGCAGUGGAGGAGAGUGAGAGGAUGUUUACUGAGAUGAUCCGCUCCAUUGAGAGAAGGUGCUCUGAGGUGACAGAGCUGAUCAGAGCUCAGGAGAAGACUGAGGUGAGUCGAGCUGAAGGACUCCUGAAGCGACUGGAGCUGGAGAUUGCUGAGCUGAAGAGGACAGAUGCUGAGAUGAAGCAGCUUUCACUGACACAGGAUCCCAUCCAUUUCCUCAAGAACAUUGUGUCCAUCACUGGGAGGCCUUACAGCACAACUUCAACCAACGUGACCUUCAGCCAAAGCUUCUCCUUGGAGCCCCUGAAGAAAUCUGUGUGUGCAUUGAAGAAGAAAUUAGAUUCAGUCUUCAAGCAGGAAAUAGUCGAGAUAUCCACAGCAGGUCUGACAAAUAUAGAAAAACCCGAGUUUAUGACCAGAGAAGACUUCUUACAUUAUUACUGCAACUUCACCCUGGAUCCAAACACUGUAAACAGAGACCUCCGUCUGUCUGAGGGGAAUAGGAGGGUGGAGAGGAGAGCUGAGGACCAGUCAUAUCCUGAUCAUCCAGACAGAUUUGAUUACAGGUGUCAGGUGCUGUGUAGAGAGGGUGUGUCUGCACGCUGCUACUGGGAGGUUGAGAGGAGUGGAGAGGUUCUCAUAGCAGUGUCAUAUAAAAGCAUCAGCAGGAAAGGAACGGGUGCUGAGUGUCUGUUUGGAGGUAAUGAUCAGUCCUGGAGGCUGAAACUCAGCAGCUGGAGCUCCUCUUUCAAACACAAAAAUGAAGAGACUGAACUCCCUCUAGUGGCCAGCUCCAGAAUAGGAGUGUAUGUGGAUCACAGGGCAGGAACUCUGGCCUUCUACAGCAUCUCUGGAGACACAAUGACCCUCCUGCACAGAGUCCACACCACAUUCACACACACACUCUACCCUGGGUUUGGGCUAUAUUGGGAAUCAUCAGUGAAGCUGUUGUGA